GUGAGUUGGUCUGGUCAAAGCUUGCGGAAGCGACGCUGAAAUCCGGAAGUUUGGGCGGUGGUUGAACACGGCUGGGAACGGUCGAUCUUCUGUUGUUCGCUUGUAGGUAAAACCAAAUACAGCCAAAAUGUCGAGCAAACGCGCCAAGGGAAAGAUCACCAAGAAGCGUCCUCAGCGCGCCACGUCCAAUGUCUUCGCUAUGUUCGAUCAGUCGCAGAUUCAGGAGUUUAAAGAAGCGUUCAACAUGAUCGACCAGAACCGCGAUGGCUUCAUCGAUAAGGAGGAUCUUCAUGAUAUGCUCGCUUCUCUUGGGAAGAACCCCGCAGAUGAUUAUUUGGAGGCGAUGAUGACAGAAGCUCCCGGCCCAAUAAACUUUACCAUGUUUCUCACCAUGUUUGGAGAGAAGCUCAACGGCACUGACCCGGAGGAAGUCAUCCGUAAUGCAUUUGCAUGCUUCGAUGAGGAGGGAACAGGCUUCAUUCAGGAGGAUUACCUGCGAGAGCUGCUGACCACCAUGGGCGACCGGUUCACAGACGAAGAAGUGGACGAGCUUUUCAGAGAAGCUCCGAUCGAUAAAAAGAGCAACUUCAACUACGUGGAGUUCACCCGUAUCCUGAAACACGGAGCUAAAGACAAAGACGAUUAAAAAUAAAUCCAUAAUACAACCCUUUUUAAGCGUUCAUCCCCCUUUUAGGCUAGAGAAAUCCUGUGCUGUCCGUUCACCCUCCAGAAACCAACGUUAACCUUUAUUCCCGAAUAUACUGGAAGAAAUAAUGCAUAUGUGCGCAUUUAUUCCUGCAUAUGUGAAGUAUUCAGCUCAUGGUUUAUAAUACAGAACACACAGUUAAAGUCGCUCUGUUGUGUAAUUCUCAUUGUUUGGGCUUUUAAAAUCCAAGAUAAAGCUGCACUGUUGUUUUUUGGUGGUGUUUUUGGCUAAAUCUCAUGUUCCAGUGUUUUGUUUAGAGUUUUAGGUGUGUGCAAAUUAAGCAAAUUCCACUUUAUUCAUCACACCUUUCUGUUAAUUGGUGAAAGUAUUAAGUUCAGGGCUCUCGUGGAUCAUGUUUUCAUGUUUUAUUCAUGUCUACGGUUUUUAUGCUAUAAUGCGACGUAACUUGAUCUCAGACCUCUCGUUUUUUCCUCAUUCAGGCAGUACAAAUGUGAACGUGUUGAUUAUAUUUACAUGCAUUCGAUCUCAUUUGAUUUCAUUGCCUAACUGAAUUUUUACAUUUUAUAAUAUUAAGGAUUUUCAAUAAAUCACUCUUAUUAAAACCUC